CUUUUCACACCUGCCUGGGCCAGGUAAAUAUUGUACCUGGUGAACACGAGAAAGAGAUUGACAUCACAGAAAAGUUUGUGAAGAACCGCAAGGAUGUCGUCCACCUCUGGGACAGCGCUUUCUGUUCAAGCACCGAAUGGACAGACUGCGGCCAGAGCGGGUGCCCCGUCAACGCGUCCAGAAAGUUUGGCGUAACGUCACGUGGGCUGACGCCUUUUCCGACGACUCGCUAAUCAUGGAUACUAUUGACAUUACACCAAACUUCGCUUUACGCAAAAUUGCGCUACUGUUUGAGAACAAGAAAUAUGAAGAAUGUGCAGCACUAGUUCGUAAACUCAAUGAACUGGCAGUCGAGGCGAUUCUCUCAGAGGUUCCAAUCGAAGUCCUCCACGAAUCCCUUCCACAGAGUCUGUGCAUUCUUGAAGCUCUCUAUUUGAAAGUGUUUCAGACAUGCACUACAAAUUUUCCACUAGAACAAAUGUGCACGGAGCAGCUCAUUACGCGAAUAGUCUGUCUGUUUGCUAAAGAGGUCCACAUGAAUAUCAAAGGUGCUAAGAAUUGUAAUAUGUUCUUGCCUUCCUGUCGGACCAUUCUCAGAAUCGUCAUGACUGUUGAGCCACAAUUUAAACAUCAUAUUGUCCAGCGUAAAAAAGUUCUCGAUCAUUGCCUCAAAAGACUUGGUAAGCACGGUAUGGUGGACACCUCGGGUGGGAAGUUCAUGAACCUUCAUGAUGCUCUGAAGGUGGAGUUUGAAAAAGUGGUUGUCCAGUACAAAUACGCAAUUCAGAAACUGGAGCAUCUCAGUCUGACCACCAAGCAUCCGACAUCCACGUCUUUGACUUCUGGUAAAGCUCCCAUCUGUGCUAGCCACCAGCGACUGAUGCAGGUCACGAGGUCAGAUGUGCAAAACCGAGUCAUCAAAAACAAGACUCUCUACACGGUGGUGGAACCCGUCAUUAAGAACCAGUACUUAACGAGCCUCAUAAAGACACUGCAGAAACGAAUAGAAUACGACAAGGUGACCUUGUUUCACGACACAGAACUGAGAAAAAUGGCAGGGUUGACGGACGAUGAUACCUACUUGUCUGUGACGUUAAGACAGUUUUCACAGGGCUACACGACGAUGCUGCAGUUGCUGCGGGAAGUGACUGGCGAUGAUGCUGCUGAUGACGAGGCCGACAGUGGGAUUGUGAGCUCCAGUGAUGAUGACGUCGAUACGGAGAUGAGCAGUCACACGCUAGAUGAGAAGAUCGUCAGCAUGAACGGAAUUCUUCCCACCAGACCCCAGUCUGAUGGUGUCGACCUGAGUGGGAUUCUGUCGAUGAGGUCAAUGAUUGACGUGGUCCACGUGAAUGGGGCACACUCAGAUGAAGCUGCAAGUGCCAGCAACACGAGAGUCUUGCAUCAGUCAGGUGUUGGUGGUGCCAGCCUGAAGCAGAGAGGUCAGACUCCAGGGAAGACAAAGUACCAUCUACCCAAUGGGACAGAGUCCACAACAGAUAUCCGGGGUGAUGCCAUGCUGCCUGGUAUAAUGCGGUCUACAGGAAUAGCCCACAACCACCGCCCAGACAAACCAUCCUCCAACCCACCACCUGUCUGCAUGGCAACAAGUGGAGACGACUCUGAGGGUCUCCGGGCAGAGAUUCACAGACUCAGGGAGGAACUGACAGCAUCAAAAGAGGAGAUCAGGAGGUUACUGCACAGGGAACAGACACUCAAAGAAAGAUUAUCGUCCAACAUAUGUACUCAGUUCAACUUGAACAAUGGUAACUUCGAGAACCUCAGCCUGGGUGAUAAGCGACCCAGUGAGCUGAUUCACAAAUACGGAAACCUGUACACGGACGGACGGAUGGACGCGAUGGACGCACUGGACAGGCUUCAGGAACUGACCAACCUAGAUAUACUCAAAAUGAAGAUACUCUUUUCUGUGAUUGUUUUGUGUUUCCGGUCUGUUCAACAGUCGAUCCAGGAGCUCCGGGGCAGACUGCGUCACUUGUUAAAUUUGCCGGUGCCUCACAGUGGGGAGGAGGAGGAAGACACAGACAAAGUGUCAUCUGAGAUGGAGAAACACAUCACACUGUAUCUGCAACAGACUACAGACAGGUGUGAUCUCUCGACAAACGUGCAGGAAGUUUGUGCCCAGAUCUACGCCACCCUGUUUGACUACCCGUGCUUGAAGUCGUGCCCAGCCCUGGUGGACUACAUCAGAGAGUGCUUGAGUCUGGCCUGGGGCCUCUCCGUACAAAAGACUCCAUUUGUGAUAGUGUACGAUUCCAGGACGUUCACCGAAGAUCUUCACAAUCGAUUCCACACCUCGGACCCUGAGGAGAACAGAAUCCAGUGUUUUCUCUGGCCUUGCCUGAUGGAAGGACACAAUGGGUCGUGUGUACACAAGGGAGUGGUGAUCACGUAGGCCACUGAAAGACCAGUGGACUCAUAUGGUGCACGUUGACUCGGAUACAAAUUACUGCAGUACGAUUUUUGAUUAAAAGAAUUGUGACAUUUUUUUGUUUUUUCAAUAAAACUGACUUGCAUAGAU